AUGAGCACCAACAAGUUGUUUUGCAUACGUGGAAAACAUUCGUGGGAAAUGAUGAGGUCACUUUUACCAGGGUUCCUUCUAUGUUCAUUUUUGCAGCUGCUCGAAGAAGUUUUGCGACAUGAAGCGGAGAUGGAAAAGCGCAAGAAGGAGGACAAUAUUGAUCUGACAUCAGUGGUAACCGAUGAUGAAAAUGAGGAAAUCGCAUAUGAAAGUUGGAAAUUGCGUGAAAUGAAACGACUGAAGAGAAAUAAAGAGGAAAGAGAUUCUUAUGCGCGUGAAAAAGCGGAAUACGAUCGAAUUCAUAGCAUGACUGAAGAUGAACGGAAACAGUAUUUGCGG